AUGGCCCUGUUUCUAACGGUUUCUGUGAAAGGUCUAGAUAAUGGCUUAGUGAGAACUCCACCAAUGGGUUGGUUGUCAUGGGAACGGUUCCGAUGUAAUACAGACUGUAAAAAUGAUCCAGAUAACUGCAUCAGUGAGAAGCUAUAUAAAACAAUGGCCGAUUUAUUGGUGUCAGAGGGUUAUAAAGAUGUAGGAUAUGAGUAUAUCAAUAUUGAUGACUGCUGGAUGGCGAAGGAGAGAGACUCACAGGGCAAACUUGUUCCUGAUCCUGAACGAUUUCCCAGUGGCAUUAAAGCACUGGCUGAUUAUAUGCAUUCCAAAGGGUUAAAACUAGGAAUCUAUGAAGAUUUUGGCAGUAAGACUUGUGGUGGAUUUCCUGGAAGUGAGUUCUAUAUGAUGUCAGAUGCCAACACAUUUGCAGAAUGGAACGUGGACAUGUUGAAGUUUGAUGGAUGUUAUUCUGAUCCUAAACAAAUGGAAGCUGGUUUCAAGGCAAUGGGUCAGUUUUUAAACAACACAGGUCAUCCUAUGGUCUAUUCCUGUGAGUGGCCCCUGUAUCAAAUAGGAGAUAAAAUUAAGCCUGACUAUGGUGCCAUUAGAGAAACUUGUAACUUGUGGAGAAAUUUUGGUGAUGUUCAAGAUUCAUGGACAAGUAUUUUAAGUAUUAUUGAUUUUUAUGGUAAAGAUGAUGGUAAUUUCAGUAGUUAUAAUGGACCUGGAGGCUGGAAUGAUCCAGAUAUGUUAGUGGCUGGUGAUUUUGGACUGAGCUAUGAAGAAGAGAAAACCCAGUUUGUGAUGUGGUCCAUGUGGUCCUCUCCAUUAUUUAUGUCAAAUGAUCUUAGAAAAAUAUCAAAUCAUACCAAACAACUGUUACAACAUAAAGGGAUAUUGGCUAUUAACCAGGAUCCUCUCGGAGCUCAAGCUGUCAGACAGUGGCAGAUAAGUAGUGUUGGAUUAUGGUUAAAGCCGUUAGCUAAGAAUGGAAGUUACGCAGUUGCAAUAGUGAAUCGAGAUGAUCAGGGAAUGCCCCAUAAGAUCAGCGUGCAGGUCAAUCAACUAGGAUUAUCAGGCCCUGCGUAUAAUUUCACCGAAGUUUUUGACAAUAAAUUCUACGGACAUUAUAAAUCUUCAGAUCAGUUUACUGUUGAGAUUAAUCCAUUAGGUGCUUUUCUUGCCAUUGCCACACCCACUGAUAGCUAG